UUCAGUACCCAACAAGAUGAAGAUGAACCCAUGGGUACGCUGUGUAAAUGUGCCCAUGUAGCUCUCACCGAAAUGUUGCCGGCCACAAAGAUGACACCCAUUGUUGCGGAUAUCUUGAAACAAGAUCGUUCGGAAUCUCUAUCGAAAUCAAAAUCUGUACUCGAAUACAUCUUAUGGGGUCCAUCGGAUGUUGUUUUGACGGGUUCAACAAAAGAACGAGAGACAGCAUUGCAACGUUGGCUGGAUUUGGAAAGGGCCACUGUAUUGCAUGGUCUUGUGCGUACACGUGUCGAAUUGACAGUUUACGAUGAAUGUCAUCUGAUGUUUUUGGUUCGAUCCACAGCGAAAAUUAUGAAUGAUGCAGCAAAAAUUAUUGCCAAUUAUCAGGAACAACAACAGCAGCUGCAACAAUAAUAACGAUU